UUGCUUGUAACACAUGCGUGGGCUAAGCAAUCUCGGAUUAUUAACGGAAAGGAUGCCGAGCUGGGUCAAUUUCCUUACCAAGCGAAGCUGAUAAUCGAAAUGCCCGGAGGUCGCGCCUUAUGCGGUGGUAGCUUGAUAAGCGAUGAAUGGGUUUUAACGGCGGGGCAUUGUGUAGAACAGGCCAGAUCCUUUGAGGUAACUUUGGGAGCCGUGGAUUUUAAGGAUCAAGGAAACGAUGGACGAACAGUGCUCAACACAACGGAAUACACACGCCACCCGGAUUAUAAUGGAGAUAUGAUUGAAAACGAUGUCGCCGUAAUAAAACUGCCUGAGAAGGUGCAGUUUAGUGAUCGGGUUGCCCCAAUAGCACUGCCCAGCGGAAACGAUACCUAUGAUCGCCGAAUGGCCGUCGUUAGUGGUUGGGGAAAGCAGAGUGAUAUCAGGGGUGGCGCAGCACGAAGACUGCAGUACGCUACGUUGAAGGUUAUCAGAAAUAAUGAGUGCAGACUGUUAUAUGGUCCUGCGAUUCAAUCUUCCACGCUUUGCUGCCGAGGAGAUAACAGGCAAUCCACCUGCAAUGGAGAUUCCGGUGGUCCACUUGUGCUGGAGGACGACAAAACCCUGAUAGGUGUGGUCAGUUUCGGACAUGCCAUCGGUUGUGAAAAAAUGCUGCCCGUUGGGUUUGCCAGGGUUACCGAGUUCACAGAAUGGAUUCGUCAAACGACGGGAGUUACAACCCAAAGUCCUUCCCAGCAGGAAUAA